AUGCUACCAACCGCUAGGUGGCGCUCUAAAGCAGUGAUCGUGUUAGUGUUGAUGUUGGGUGUUAAUUUAAUAUUUUACCAGUAUAACGAUGAGAUAAAACAGCACAUUAGGAUCUGGAGGUUAAACGAAACAAGCAAUACCAGCAAUACCAUAAAGCCACUAGGGACAGUACGUCUACCACCCGGACAUUUAGGAAGUCCAGUGCAGUGGAGUUCGUCUGACAAAGAGAUUGCUGCAUUUGUACAAGAAAGCAUCAAGCAAUAUGGCUUCAAUGAGUAUGCGGCGGCUCUCAUGUCUACGAGACGAUCGCUACCAGAUUUACGUCCCUUGGAAUGUGUCACCAGUCGACGAAAGAUCCUUACGCUCCCGAAGACAUCCAUAGUGAUUGUGUUCUACAACGAACCAUGGACCGUCCUUUUGCGAACGGUUCAUUCUGUGCUAAACAACACUCCCGCACAUCUGCUCGAUGAGGUACUGCUCGUUGACGAUCGUUCCCAUCUACCUUUUUUAAAAGCCCAACUCGAAGAGUAUUUCAGAACGUACGACAAGGUCCGCAUAGUACGUGCUCCCGAACGGCUGGGAUUGAUCAGGGCACGAAUGUUUGGGAGCAGAAACACUACCUCGGCGGUGCUCACGUUUCUCGAUGCACACGUAGAAUGUACAACGGGAUGGUUGGAGCCGUUACUGGAGCAAAUUUUGGAAAACGGACAAACAAUAGCCGUUCCACUGAUAGACCGCAUCGACGACACCGACAUGCAUCUGGUCGCUAACGUGUCGACCGAUUUGUUUGGAGCAUUCGAGUGGGAUCUUAACUUUGGCUGGUGGCAUCGUUCGACAUUUCCGCAAAGAUGCACACAGCGCCCUAGCGAACCAUUUGAAGUUCCAGCAAUGGCGGGCGGGAUCUUUGCAAUUGCUAGAGCCUUUUUCCACCGUCUUGGAUGGUACGACGAGCAGUUCCGCCUGUACGGAAUGGAGAAUGCGGAGCUGUCGAUUAAAUGUUGGCUGUGUGGAGGAAGAAUACUAACCGUGCCUUGUUCGCAUGUGGCACACAUCCGCAAGAGUGCGCAUCCGUACAUAGACGAUGGCCAUCAGAAUGUAACCUUCGUGAACUCCAUCCGGCUGGCGGAGGUUUGGAUGGACGAGUACAAGCGGGUCGUGUUUGAUGUGAAUGGCAUUCCGGGCUAUGCAGAUGAUUUGUUUGGGUCCGUCGCCGAGCGUAAGGCAUUCCGAGCGGGUGCCGGUUGUAAAGCGUUCCGCUACUAUCUGAAACGUGCCUACCCGGAAAUGCCUUCACCAAACGUUGCGGGGCAGUUUCGGGGUGAGGUACAUAAUGCCGCGUUCGGGAAAGGAACAUGCUUGACGGUAGGAUCAUCACCAUCAUCACCCGCCCUCUACAUGGCACCUUGUGACAAGCGCAACCAAACCCAGUACUGGGCACACAAUUUUUACCGAGAACUCAACAGUUACAAGCGUUGCAUUGAUGCUGGUUCGGCUGGGACAAACCCUACGCUGGCUGCCUGUCAUCGUAUGCGUGGUGCUCAAUCCUGGAGCUACGAUGCGAAACGUCAACAGAUUAGAAGCCUCGUGCGGGAAGUGUGUCUAGCUGUUGACACCGACAGCUAUAGCGGGGUUGUGAGGCUCGAACCGUGUGAUGAUCGCAAACAGAUCCAACGGUGGUAUGUGACGUUGGUGGAGUACAAUUUCUGGAAACUGCCUCAAUAA